AUGACGACGCCCGAGGAUCUCGAGAUGAGAUCUCACCCAAAGUCGCUCAUCAACCUCCUCAGAGGCUGGCCGAACCCGUCGCUCCUGCCAGUGAACCUGCUUCAGACCGCUACGAAGAAAGUCCUUGCAGACAGAACGAUUGCCGACCCUGGGCUACUGUACGGACCUGAUACUGGCGACCCGCGUCUCAGAGAAUGCGUUGCGAAAUGGCUCACAAAAUUCUACAAGCCGGCUCAGCCGAUCUCACACGAGAGGAUCACCAUCACAGGAGGAGCGUCGCAGAACCUGGGCUGCGUGUUGCAAGUCUACUCUGACCCGGGCUACACUCGCAAUGUCUGGAUGAUUGCGCCUGCGUACAUGCUGGCAUUCCGCAUCUUUCAGGACUCUGGCUUCCAUGAAAAGCUGCGGGCUGUACCAGAAGACGAGGAAGGGGUGGACAUCCAGUACUUGCAGCGGCAGAUGAGGAAGAGCGAGGAAAGAGCAAAGUCAGAGGGUAACACCGCGCCGAAGUUCAAACCGUCGAGGCCGUACGGCAAGAUCUACCGUCACAUCAUCUAUGCAGUUCCAGCCUUCUCAAACCCGUCUUCCAGGACGAUGUCUCUUCAACGACGUGAGCAGCUCGUCCGGAUAGCGAGACAGUUCGAUGCUCUCAUCAUCACCGACGACGUGUACGACUUCUUGCAGUGGCCAGCAGGUACGACGACUGACCAGUCCUCGCUGGAGAGCGCGACUCUACCACGCAUUGUCGAUAUUGACCGGACUCUUGAGGGAGGAGCAGAGAGAGAGGGAGCGGACGGCUUUGGCAACGUCGCCAGCAAUGGCAGCUUCAGCAAGAUCGCGGGGCCAGGUCUGCGAACAGGUUGGGUCGAAGGGACAGAGAAAUUUGCCUACGGAGUCUCGCAGACGGGCACUACGGCAUCAGGCGGCGCCCCAUCUCAGUUGACCUCCACGUACGUGGCCGAGCUUCUAGAAUCUGGAGAGCUGCAGAAGUACAUCUUCGAGACGCUACAGCCUGCCUACGCCGAGCGUUUUCGCACCAUGCUCAAGGCCAUCGAGGAACACCUCCUUCCGCUUGGAGUGUCACUUCCGCAGUCAGACAGGCAGGUGGUUGGCGGCUACUUCAUGUGGCUCUCACUGCCGCCGCCGUUGCAGAGUAAGGCGGUAGCGCAACGUGCUAAGGCUGAGGAGAACCUCAUCGUUGCCCAAGGUGAGCUUUUUGAGGUUCCCGGCGACUCUGAGAGCGCUAGCUUUCCCCAUGAUCUCCGCCUGUGCUUCGCGUGGGAGAGUCUGGAGAACAUUCGAGAAGGCAUCGCGCGCCUGGCCCGUGUCGUUAGCCAGAUGCAGCGGAAGGGCGCGGGCGGGGAGACCAUGGCACCUGCGACGGAGAACGGCCACAAAUAG